CUGAGUCUGUGAAGACACACUGCUGAGUUCUGCUGCUCUAGCCUGACUACAGCAGCCCAUCUGACGGAGCUGCCUUUCACGCUCAGCUCACAGCAGUGCUUUUCACAACCCAUAGCAAUCUGCUGUACAAUUGGAAGUGAGACAUCAGGAAAGCCGUGGAAGCAAGUGGAGGAGAGUAGAUUUUCCUCCUGGAGGGUUUUUUGCAUGAGGAUUGAGGAAGCAGCACACAGUGUUUGUGUGUUUGUCGGUGUUGAGAGCAACCUUCCCUGAGGAGAGCCAGCAGGAAAAGUGAGUCUCUUGAGAGGAAGUUGGUUGUGGCACUGGGUGGGCUGACUGUGGCAGGAAGCGCUAACGCUAGCUGAUGAACACACUGUGCAGAGGGAAGUAUGCUGCAGACCAUUUAUGAGGGCAACUCGUGUUUCUCCACGGACAACACUUACCAGCACCAGCAACUUGCUUCACAGCAUAACAUGCACAACAUCAACGAUUCAGUGAACAUAAAGCCAGAGAUGGUUCUUUCAGUGGACCCUGUGUCACCUCUGGACUUGCGCACAGAUGUGAGGUUGCUGGACCCAGGAUCAGACCCUGCGGUGUGGGAGAGGCAGCUGCAAGAGGAGCUCCUGCUCAUCCAGAAGCAGCAGCAGCAUCAGAAGCAGCUGCUAAUCAGCGAAUUCCAAAAGCAGCAUGAGAACCUGCUGCGUCAACACCAAGCACAGCUCCAAGAGCAUCUCAAGCUCCAGCAGGAGUUGCAGGUUGUGAAGUACAAGCAGGAACUGCUCCAGAAAGAGAAGCAGCAGGAGGAGCAGAAUCCCAAUAAGGAGCAGGAUGGCCUCCGGCAGGAGCUGCAGAGCGCCCCCCUGAGGAGCCGCGAGCGCAACCGAGAGGCAGGUGCAGUUGCCAGCACUCAGGUGAAACAAAAACUCCAAGAGUUUCUGUUGAGCAAAACUACAAAGGAUGCCCUCUCCAGUGGAUCCCACAAUUCACUAGGCCUCAGUCCGAAACAGUGGUAUAUCGCGUCUCAUCAUACAUCUCUGGAUCAGAGCUCCCCUCCUCUUGGAGACACCUUACCUCCCUCCAAGUUCAUCCUCCCCUUCUCUCAAGACAGCAAAGAUGACUUCCCUCUGCGUAAGACAGCAUCAGAGCCCAACUUGAAGAUACGCUCUCGGCUGAAACAGAAGGUUGUUGAGAGGAGGAGUAGCCCCUUGCUGAAGAGGAAUGAAGGAACCAUUACAGCUCCAUUUAAGAAGAGAGCCCUGGAGCUCCUAGAGUCAACAGAGAUAAAUUCUUCUGAAUCUGGUCCCAGCUCACCCAAGGGGGCUUCCAGUGCAAUAGGAGCUGAAAAUGGGCCUUCAUCACUCCCAACCACCACGCGUACUGAGCGUUGGCCCUCCCAGCCGAGGUUAGUGGGGCCUGACGGACCUGUGUCUGUGCUGAGUCUGUACACAUCUCCUUCACUUCCCAACAUCACUCUGGGCCUGGCAGCAUCCUCUUCUCCAAUUAGCGCUGCCCCAGGUGGUGGUGGGGCCGUGGUUCGGCACGGUCUGCCCACCCAGCUGCUGGGCCCUGUACCUCUGCCUCUCAGCCAGGAGAGCAAAGCAAGCAGCAGUCAACAAGCUCUCCUUCAGCACCUCCUGCAGAAAGAGCAGAUCCGCCAGCAGAGGAUCAUCUCCUCAGGUCAGUCCCCUGUGUCUCCACAGUCCCUGUCGCCUCUUGCCACAAAGGAGCGAUCUCUGUGUAGUGGACGGUCCAAGCUGCCCCGCCAUCGUCCCCUCAAGCGCACACAGUCUGCACCACUGCCCCAAAGCACGUUGGCCCAGCUUGUGAUUCAACAGCAGCACUUUCUGGACAAACAGAAAAAUUACCAACAGCAGGUCUCCUUCAGCAAGCUGCUGUCUCAAUCCAUUGAGCAGUCAAGACAACCCUGCAAUCAGUUGGUAGAGUCAGAGGAUGAGCAGCCAAGGGAGCAGUCCAUGCCACAGGAGAGAUCGCCCUCUGGUGGUGUCAUCCGAAAACACAGCACCUCAAACGGCACACACCUCCACAGCUCCACAGAUCCACAACUAACAGACUCUCGUGGCAACCCUAACCCUGCCCCAAUCCAUGAAGUCAUCAACGUCAAACAAGAGCCUACCGACAGUGAUGAGGAGAUUCCACCCAGACAAGUCUCUACCUAUCAGCCACAAGUGAAAGGGAGGUUGGUCAUCCGAGCCAUCAACUAAGGCCUCUGUAGAGAGCGGGUGCAGCUAGAAAACACGGCCCCUGUAUGUUCACCCCCACCCUGGACUUCUCUUUUCCGUGAGCUAAUGGAAUUUAAACAACAUUUUGAUGUUAUGUACAUACUGUGAAAACAAUGUUAAUAACUUGUUCCUUCAAGGCGACUUUCUUUGUUUGAAAUCUGUCCUGUGAAUAAAUGUGUCAUCAUUUAAAGAUGAGAGAUACAUGGCAGCUUUAGAAUAUGUAACGUAUGGUAUUUCUGCCUGUCUCUUUCAGUUCUUAUAAACACAAGUGUUUGUAAUAACUUGAACAAUGAUUAUCAUGUAACAUGUCUUAAUGUCUCAAUGUAAAAGUAGUACAUAUUUUCAUCUGUACCUGCAGUAGUCAUUUUUAAAAAUCAUGCGAUUUUUGCUUAGAUGAUGUUCUCCUUAGGUUGACAGGUGAAACCAUACUGAUUAUGUGUCCUGUCCAAACUGUUGUGAGAAUCCUUCUACCCCACAACCGCAAGGAGGAGUUUUCACACAAGAGAGGGGAAAAGUAGGCAAUUUGUUCAGUUUGUCCACUCAUCACAAUGAUGUAAAUGCACCGCAAUGUCAUCCUUCCUCCAGCUGACCAUGAUGUCAUAUGUACAGAGUAUGUUUCAAGUCUGCAUAUUAUACAUUUCAACAUUUCUGUAUUAGUCUCCUUGGUCAUACUUUAUUUUGAUGGUCUCCUAUAGACUAUCUACACAGGCUCAUAUUAUCCAUAUGUUGACUGUUAACAACAAUUUAUGGCUAAGGAUAGAGUUAAGGGUUUAGGUGGUUUAGGGUUAAGGUGGUGUUCAGUAAUUGUUAAACAACAAUUUCAAAGAUUGAACUUCUUAAAAACCAUCUGUAACGUGAGUGGACAAUCCAAGUGAAGUUACCAUAUCCUGCUAUUCAUCUUUCUUUGACGAGGUGUCAUAGGCAGUAUGAAAACUUCAUGUUAUUCUUUUUGUAUGUCUCCUUUGCCUUCUGUUUUACAUUACACUAAAAUAAAAUUCAUUCCCACCCUC